UGCUGGUCUAGCUUAUGGAGUCAUGCUAGGAAUGGGAAGUGCAUUGGAGACAUUGUGCGGGCAAGCAUAUGGGGCGGGGCAAAUGAGGAUGUUGGGCGUCUACAUGCAAAGGUCAUGGGUCAUACUAUUGACCACUGCAUGUUUUUUGGUUCCUAUUUAUGUUUUCGCUCCUCCCAUUCUUCACCUCAUUGGGCAGACCCGACGAAUCUCUAAAGCCGCCGGAAAAUUUUCACUAUGGAUGAUUCCACAGUUAUUUGCAUAUGCCAUAAACUUCCCAAUACAGAAAUUCUUGCAAGCACAGAAGAAAGUGCUUGUAAUAGCGUGGAUAUCUGCAGGCGUGCUAUUGACGCAUGCCCUCUUUGCCUGGUUACUUAUGCUAAAACUGAAAUGGGGACUAGUGGGGGCAGCCGUCGCGCUCAACUCUUCAUGGUGGCUCAUAGUUAUCUUUCAGCUGAUUUACAUUUUCGUCUCCAAGUCAGAUGGUGCUUGGGAUGGGUUCUCAUGGCUAGCUUUUCAAGACUUGUUUUACUUUGUCAAGCUUUCUUUGGCGUCUGCCGUCAUGCUAUGUUUGGAGUUUUGGUACUUGAUGGUAAUAAUUGUGAUAGCAGGUCGUUUGGAGAAUCCUUUAGUCCCCGUUGAUGCACUUUCUAUCUGCAUGAACUUACAAGGAUGGGACGCGAUGAUUUCUAUAGGAUUCAAUGCAGCCAUAAGCGUGAGAGUAUCGAACGAACUUGGAGCUGGAAAUUCAAGAAUAGCAAAAUUUUCCGUAUUAGUGGUUUCUAUUACAUCAGUGUGUAUUGGAAUUGUUUGUAUGGGAGUUGUGUUUGGCACAAGAAAUCUCUUCCCACUCAUUUUCACCAAUAGUGAUGCAAUAGCCAAGGAAACCACGAAAUUAGCAAUUUUGUUGGGGUGGACAUGUCUACUUAACAGCCUCCAGCCUGUCUUAUCUGGAGUUGCUGUAGGAGCAGGAUGGCAAUAUAUUGUAGCAUAUGUGAACAUCGCAUGCUAUUACAUUGUAGGGUUGCCUGCGGGAAUACUCUUGGGCUUUACAUUUGAUUUUGGGGUCAUGGGAAUCUGGGGUGGGAUGAUAGGAGGAAUAUGUCUACAGACUCUCAUCCUCAUAGUGAUAGUCUCAAUCACCGAUUGGAAUAAAGAGGCCAAUAUGGCAGAAGCUCGAGUUAAACGUUGGGCAGAGCCAAUUGCAAGUAUUUAAAAGUGCCAUGAAAAUGAUAGACCAUAUUGCAUUAAUGUGACAAUUAAUCUUUGAUUUGUUGCUAUGAUUUUUUUGAAUUGACUUAAAUCCUGGACAUUAACUUCACCAAACCCUAGAUCGAGAUGGGACGGUUGUUCCGGUUUUAUUUAAUUAAAUGUUAAAAAUGUUGAAGUCAAGCAAUAAUGUCGAUUUUACAUCAGAUUAAAACAUAAUGAAGAUAUUAUGGACAAUUUGUGUCACAUAAAUGUGGUCGGAUAUAUGUAUAUAUAUAUACUUCCUCUGUUCUUAAAUAAAUG